AAAUACAUUUACUUAUGCGGACCCUACCCUGAUUUUCUUUGUUACCUUAAACCAUCCGCAUUUUAACAAUGGAAGGUGAUGCCGAUUUAGACCUGCUAGCUUCUUUAAUAGAAGAAAAUGAAGCAGCAAGUUUUGGCAGUGAGGAUGGACUCGAAAAAAAUGAGAUUGAAGAAACAGAUGACUUCGAUGAUUUGUUUGACAUGGAGGAGGAGGAAGAAUUAGCUGGUGGUGCAGAAGGGGAUACUGGAAAAAAAGAAAACGUGGCCAGCCUCUUUGGAGACAUUGAGGACCUUAAUAAAGAAGUGCAGCCUGUAGAUCAAAAUCGGAGAAAUCAAAUGUCAUCUGCAGUAACACAGGCUAAGACUAAGCAAGACUUAGAAGGUGAAUUAAGACAAAUGCAGAAGGAAAUGCAGAAAUUAAAAGAACAGCUGAAGCUUACUCAGAAAUCUCUGAGCAGCCCUUCACAAAAGGUAUCUCCACCUAGAAAACAAUGUGAAUUGCCUGUAACCACCAUAGGCACUAAAAGUGAGGUUAGAAUAGUCCAUGAGUCUCCUUGUUUUUCAUCUCAGCUUAAUGCUGCAUACUCCCAACCAAAGAAGAAAAGAACCGCUCAUCAACCUAAUCAUCAGGUAGUAGAAAAAUCGAUCUCUCAAAAGCCUGUGGUUGCUAGUACGUCUUCACAGCCACAGCAGAGUAAUAAUAGAAUAACUCCAACCGAAAGCCCCAUGCCAAUAGCAAGACAUCAAGAAGCAGCUGCUUUAAAAGUGUCCCCUGUUUCCAGAGACAUUCAUGAUGUAACUGUAGAGAAAUUCUCGGGGCUCAGAAUCAAGAAACCCCAUGUGUCCUCAAUGGAAAUGGAGCGCAAGAUGUCAGGCCGUAGACUAAUAAGACUUUCACAGCUGCCAGACAAACUUUUGCGGGAAAAGUUAGAUGAAAGUGACUGGGUUACAUUUGGUGUGGUUGUGAGUAAAGUUACACCUCAAAGCUCCAACAGUGGUAAAACAUUUAGUAUCUGGAGACUCAGUGAUCUUCGAAACCUGGACACUUAUGUCUCUUUGUUCCUUUUUGGUGAUGUCCACAAAGAACACUGGAAAACAGAAUCUGGCUCAAUUAUUGGAAUUCUGAAUCCAAACCAAAUGAAGCCCAAGGAUGGUUCUGAUGGUGUUUCUUUAUCUGUAGACCAUCCACAGAAAAUUUUGCUAAUGGGAGAAGCUAUAGACUUUGGAACUUGUAAAGCUAAAAAGAAAAAUGGAGAGCCUUGUACACAAAUUGUUAACUUGGACCUGUGUCCGUUCUGCCAGUACCACGUGAAUGCACAGUACAAAAAGCUGAGUUCAAAACGGGCCGAAUUGCAGUCUAGUUAUUCUGGAAAAGCACCAAAUAAGUACAAAAGGAAAGGCGGCAGCCUCAAAGAACGACUGUGCCAAAGUGGCUUUCACUAUGGAGGGAUUUCGUCCCCUGCAUUUGCAGCUUCUCUUGCAGCAACGGUUCCCCGGAAGCCAAGUCAGACAACUUUAAGCUCAUUAUUUAUUAAAGGAGCGGAUUCCAUUGUCAAAGAAGCCCAAAAAUCUGCAGUAUUAUCAAGGAAAAUAUCUCAGUCUUCUGAUGAUUUUAAAGAGCUACUAAAAAUGCCAACUCCUGGAGCAUUGAACCUUCAUCAUUUUUCACAAGGGAAAGUUUCAGCUGGUUCAGCUGGAAAACCAGUAACAGGUAUUCAGUCCAUAACUGCAUCUCAGCUUAUAAAGCAACAGAAGCAACAAAUGCUGGAGGCAAGAAGAAAAAAAUCAGAAGAUAUUCAAAAAAGGUUUUUAGAGAGCACACUUAAAACUGGUUGCCAUGAAACUUCUGAACACUUGUCUCCUAAAGCAGCUGAUACAUUUCCUGGAAAACAGAAAACAAUGGCCACUCCACUGGCCCCAAAACUGGGUGGAGGACUUGAAGAGGGGGAGGACAUCUUGCUCUUUGAUUCUCCAUUCCCUGUCCAAGAGCUUCCUAUGUCUGCAGCUAAGAAAGUGGCUUUGAGAAAGCUGAGAGAAAGGGGAACACUACUAACUAAAGAGGAUCCUAAUAAUAUAAAACGGAAGAGAACAGAAGCAAUUAUUAGUAAUAUCGCAAAAAGAGCAGAGAAAAGCCUCUCUUCCCCAGAGGAGGAGAAAGAAGGCAUUGAACCAGCGCUUAAGAAGCGUCGUGAGCAAAUGCAGUACUUACAAUCGACAGAGUUUCUGGAUAUUCUUAAUGCGAAAUCUAGGCACACUGAAGUUUUGAUGGAGGCUGAAAGAGAGAUUCAAGAGCAGUAUUUUGAACCACUAAUAAAAAAGGAGCAAAUGGAGGAAAAAAUGAGAAACAUUAAGGAGAUGAAAUGUAGAGCAGUGACCUGUAAAACGUGUAAAUAUACAUACUUCAAGCCACUGGAUAAAUGUGUUAAUGAGAAUCAUGAUUACCAUUGGCAUGAUGCAGUGAAGCGCUUCUUCAGAUGUCAGUGUGGACAAAGAGCAAUAUCACUGGACAGACUACCCCACAAACACUGCAGCAACUGUGGACUGUUUAAAUGGGAAAGAGAUGGAAUGUUAAAGGAGAAGACUGGUCCUAAAAUUGGCGCAGAGCUGCUCUUGCCCAGGGGAGAGGAGCAUGUUAAAUUUCUUAACAGUCUGAAGUAAAUUUAUGCAGUGAAUUAUGUUUUGCCCUGUAGCUCUAAGCCUUUGGAAGUAAUGUGAUAUACAGAACUUGUUUUGCCUACCUUUUAUUGCAUUAAUAUUUUAUCAGGUUUAUCUUUUAAGAGAAAUUACAUUUCUUUCUAUAAAUUUCAUGUAUUUAAAGCAAUUGAGUGAAAAAAGUAAAUAAAUUUUUAAUUGAGUGUC